AUGCCCAAAACAAUAACAACAACAUCAUCAUUACAAACUCGUUCUCGUAGAAAUACUAUAUCGAUAUUGUUCUGGGCUCGUCGAUUGAAACAAAGGCGAGUUUCUUCCUACAACGAGCUGCUUGGUUCGAAUAUUCUUAUUCCAUUGAAAUCCGUCAUCGAAAUUAGUCGACAUGUUCGUGUCAGUCGAGAUGAACUCAUGUACUUAUAA